ACCACCACCACCACCCGGACGCCCACACCUCCGGACCGGAUCCUCUGGAGCAGCCGCUGGGUUCGGGGAUGAAUCCGUGUCCCGGUGCCUGAGAUGCGGAUCGGAAGACGACGUCUCCGGUGACACCGCGCUACCCGUCACGUUACAUUCCGUUUCCCGUUCCGUUACCCGAGAUGAGUCCGUUACCGCCGGAGCUGAAGUGAUCAGAUCGGUGAUUUGCUCCGGACCGAACGGAUCCAGGCUCCAGCCUCACACACAGACACACACACACACACACACACACAGGCAGACACACACACACACACACACACACCGUCCGUCUGCUGGCAAACUGUUGCUGAUUUCCACUGUAAAUGAAUCUUGUAAGGUUUAUGAACAACCGUGUUCCUCCUAACAAGAGAUACCAGCCCACAGAGUAUGAGCACGCUGCCAACUGUGCUACGCAUGCGUUAUGGAUAAUCCCCAGCCUGCUGGGCAGCUCCCUGCUGCACCUCCAUUCAGAGGACCAAUGGGAGCGCAUGUCGGCCUGGGUGUACGGGGCGGGGCUCACCUCGCUCUUCAUCAUCUCCACCCUGUUCCACACGGUGGCCUGGAAGAAGAGCCACUUACGGUCCGUGGAGCACUGCUUCCACAUGUGUGACAGGAUGGUGAUCUACUUCUUCAUCGCUGCCUCCUACGCCCCAUGGCUGAACCUGAGGGAGCUGGGUCCUUGGGCGUGCCACAUGCGCUGGUUGGUGUGGGUCAUGGCCUCGUUUGGUACCACCUACGUCUUCUUCUUCCAUGAGAGGUACAAGAUCAUGGAGUUGAUCUGCUACACGGUGAUGGGUGUUUUUCCAGCCCUGGUCAUCCUCUCAAUGCCGGAGCAGUCGGGCCUGUGGGAGCUUCUGGUGGGCGGAGCCUGCUACUGUCUGGGGAUGAUCUUCUUCAAAAGCGACGGCAUUGUCCCGUUCGCUCACGCCAUCUGGCACCUGUUUGUAGCUAUGGGAGCCGCCGUACACUACUACGCCAUCUGGAGGUACCUCUAUGCCCAGCCGCCCAAUCAGGUUCAGACCUCCAGAUGACAUCAGCAGUGACCUCACGGGGGGCAGCUCCUGUGUUUGCGCGACAACACUGAGAUGACGGGAGCUGUGUUCAGAUUCAGGGGUUGCCUCGCUGGGAGGAUAGAUGCGCGAC